UGGAUUCCAAUUCCUCCCCCUGGGCCUGUGAACAUACAGCCUCGGGCCUAGAGACAGACCCAACAUGGAUUCCCAUUACUCCCCCUGGGCCUGUGAACAUACAGCCUCGGGUCUAGAGACAGACCCAACAUGGAUUCCCAUUACUCCCCCUGGGCCUGUGAACAUACAGCCUCGGGUCUAGAGACAGACCCAACAUGGGUUCCCAUUACUCCCCCUGGGCCUGUGAACAUACAGCCUCGGGCCUAGAGACAGACCCAACAUGGGUUCCCAUUACUCCUCCUGGGCCUGUGAACAUACAGCCUCGGGCCUAGAGACAGACCCAACAUGGGUUCCCAUUACUCCCCCUGGGCCUGUGAACAUACAGCCUCGGGCCUAGAGACAGACCCAACAUGGAUUCCCAUUACUCCCCCUGGGCCUGUGAACAUACAGCCUCGGGCCUAGAGAAAGACCCAACAUGGAUUCCCAUUACUCCCCCUGGGCCUGUGAACAUACAGCCUCGGGCCUAGAGACAGACCCAACAUGGAUUCCCAUUACUCCCCCUGGGCCUGUGAACAUACAGCCUCGGGCCUAGAGACAGACCCAACAUGGAUUCCCAUUACUCCCCCUGGGCCUGUGAACAUACAGCCUCGGGCCUAGAGACAGACCCAACAUGGAUUCCCAUUACUCCCCCUGGGCCUGUGAACAUACAGCCUCGGGCCUAGAGACAGACCCAACAUGGAUUCCCAUUACUUCCCCUGGGCCUGUAAACAUACAGCCUCGGGCCUAGAGACAGACCCAACAUGGAUUCCCAUUACUCCCCCUGGGCCUGUGAACAUACAUCCUCGGGCCUAGAGACAGACCCAACAUGGAUUCCCAUUCCUCCCCCUGGGCCUGUGAACAUACAGCCUCGGGCCUAGAGACAGACCCAACAUGGAUUCCCAUUACUCCCCCUGGGCCUGUGAACAUACAGCCUCGGGCCUAGAGACAGACCCAACAUGGAUUCCCAUUACUCCCCCUGGGCCUGUGAACAUACAGCCUCGGGCCUAGAGACAGACCCAACAUGGGUUCCCAUUACUCCUCCUGGGCCUGUGAACAUACAGCCUCGGGCCUAGAGACAGACCCAACAUGGAUUCCCAUUACUCCCCCUGGGCCUGUGAACAUACAGCCUCGGGCCUAGAGACAGACCCAACAUGGGUUCCCAUUACUCCCCCUGGGCCUGUGAACAUACAGCCUCGGGCCUAGAGACAGACCCAACAUGGAUUCCCAUUACUCCCCCUGGGCCUGACACUGUUUCCAGGUCAUCUACUGUAUGGAUACACAGCGGGUGUGUGUGUGUGUCAGCAGAAAACGGACACAACGUAGCCAUAUGAUGAUGAUGAUGAUGAUGAUGUUAUUUCAGGUCCCAAGGGAAGAAGGAAGAGGCAGAGGCUCUGUUGAGGGACUCCAUUCGGUUCGGCCCACACUUCGCUGACGCCUAUUCCAGUCUAGCAUCACUUUAUGCAGAGCAGAAGCGGUUUGCGGAGGCCAAUGACGUUUAUCUUCAAGGCAUAGAGAGCUGCCCAGACAGCUCGGACCUGCAUAAUAACUACGGAGUGUUUCUGGUUGAUACCGGAGAAGGCGAUCUGGCAGCAGCCCACUACCAGCAUGCCGUGCGUCUCAUGCCGGUGCACUACGUCGCCAUGGUAAACUUGGGCCGCCUCCUUCGCUCCUCAAGUGAGAACAAGGAGGCGGAGUCUUGGUACAAAAAGGCCCUGCAGGUGACGAGGAAGGUGGACAUCCUGACGCCACUAGGGGCGCUGUACUACAACACAGGACGCUAUGAGGAGGCUCUGCAGGUGUACCGCGAGGCGGCUACGCUACAGCCAGACAGCACCGAUAUCUGGCUGGCUCUGGCACAAGUGUUAGCCAUGGCAGGCCGCUCUAAAGAGGCCGAGAAGAUGACUCUGGGCAUCAUAUCGAAGCAGGGGAGCUGCAUCGAGUGCUACCGCCUACUGUCUGCCAUCUACAGCAAACGUGGCAACUACACAGAGCUCCCUGGCCCGGCUCCUGUGACUCACUGGGCCAUGGCCUCAGUAGACCUGCUCUGA